AUGUCGCUUCCUGUGCUACCCAAGCCGCUCGCUGCCCUCACCGAUCUCAUGCGGCUGGACCUCUCACACAACAUGCUCGCUGCUGAGGAUGCGCUGCUCCCGCUGACGCACUUGACCAGACUCACCGAUCUGCAUCUCUCGCACAACGCCCUCGCCGCGCUCCCGCCCCGCCUCGCCUCCCUUACCUCGCUCACGGCCCUCGCCGCAAACUCCAACUUUCUCACAUCGCUCCCAGAGAGCUUCUCGGCGCUCAAGCGGCUGGAGACGCUGUUUCUGUGGACAAACAAGAUCGAGACUCUGCCGCCGGCCAUCGUCCACAUGACAUCGCUCACCGAGCUCCAUCUCAAUGACAACGAGAUGGUCGCCCUCCCGGCCGAGCUGGCAAGCCUACCGCGCCUGGCAACACUCGCCGUGCGCUCAAACAGCUUGACUACGCUGCCGAUGGCCCUCGGAUCGGCGCCGGCGCUCACGGUGCUCGAUUUGGCGCAUAACUCUCUGACAGACAUCCCACCAAGUCUCUCGGGCCUUGCCGGGCUCAAACGGCUCGUGCUCCGCGGCAAUCCGCUCCGCGAACUGCCUCCGGCGCUUGGCGCGCUUGGCGCGACGACCGAACUCGACGUCAAGGUUGCACCCGACGCUGCCGCGGCGACGGCCAUGGCUGGCGGCUCCUCGUCGCUCGCCGCUACCCUCCGAUUCAACGCGCUCAUGCAGGCCAUCGAGUCCGGAUCCUGCAGCGACGUCGCCGCUGCGCUCGCGCCCGAUGCUGCAGGCAACUCGCCGGUGCUCACAGGGACCAACGCUGCCGGCGAGAGGCCUCUCUACCUUGCGGUCCGCCUUGGCCGUCUCGACGUCGUCGAGCUGCUGCUCGCCGCCAACGCCGACGUGGAGGCCAAAGCCAACACCCGCGCCGAGCUCGCGCCGCUCCAUGUUGCCGCCAUGCUCGGCUUUUACAACCUGGCGCAGAAGCUCAUCCGCGCCGGCGCGGCAGCUUCGGUCCUCUGCGCCCACCGGCGGACGCCGCUUCACUACGCCGCGCUCUACGGUCACGCCGACAUGGCGCUCCUCCUCCUCCACGACUCGGUCGAUGCCCAUGCUGCCGACGAGCUCGGCUUCACCGCCCUUCAUACUGCAGCUCAGGCCGGCCAGCUUGCUGUCGUCGAGGUUCUUCUCGACCACACCGAAACCGAGGCACUCGUCGCUGCGCUCGACGACGAGUCCGCCACUGCGCUGCAUGUCGCCGCCGCCGCCGGCCGGGACGCCAUCUGCCGCAAGCUCCUCGCCGCCGGCGCAGAGCUCGACGCCCGCGACGCUGCAGGCCGCAGCCCGCUGCACCUCGCUGCCACAGCCGGUCACGCCGCCGUCGGCAACCUGCUCCUGGCCGCCAAAGCCGAGGUCGAUGAGCCUGAUACUGCCGGCGAGACGCCGCUUCUCCACGCUGCCCGCUCCGGCUCGGUCGCCCUUGUCGGCGCUCUGCUCAAGGCGCUUGCCUUGCCCGAGACUGUGAGUGCCGCCGGCGAGACCGCUCUGCACCUCGCCGCCGCCGCCGGGCAUGCCGACGUCAUCGCCACCCUCUUGCCGUAUGCGUCCGAAGGCGAGCUGAACAUGCGCAACGACGCGUCGUGGACGCCGCUCCACUGUGCAGCGUGGGCCGGCCACACAGACGCUGUAGCCACGCUCGGCGCUGCACCUGGCGUCGACGUCAACGCGCUCACCUGCUUCGCCGACUCGCCGCUGCAUCUGGCCGCCCUGCUCGGCCACACUCGCGUAGUCUGCGUACUUCUCGACGCUCACGCCGAAGUCGGCAUCGUCAACGAUGCCGGCGAGACUGCGCUCGAGCUCGCAUACGAGCCAGCCCGUGGCCAUGGUCAACUCCACAACUCGGCUCCGCGACCGUGA